AUGAGGCCAUUUCUGAUGAUUCUUUCUGUGACAUACAUUGCGAGCGCAGAGUCUCCAGCCAAGACCCAUGUGCGGCACCAUAAUCGGUAUCAUAGCCAUUCUCCGCUGAAAAGUAAUCUUCGGAAGACCUACAACUCCCCCCGCUUGGACAAACCUCUUAGUGACAUAGGAAUAACUGACGCAAGACGAGUUCCCCCUGUCUAUAUCUCAGGAAACUCAAGUCCUUUAGUUGCAGACGUAGGGCCUGAUUCUGGGGAAAGCGGGGUUGUGCUGGCUCCAAGUAUCGAUGGGUCUAGCGAGGGAAAUAUAGGAAUAUAUGUCUCUCCAUCAAGAGACGGCCAAGGUAUAGGCAGCAGAGAGAGGCUGAUUUCCUUGCACCAUUUAAUACAUCAUGCACAAGGAGAAGCGUUGAAGGCCAGUGCCAUAAGCUCGGCUGCGAAGCUUGAGGCCAGUGCGCUGCUUGCCCAGAGGCAGGAGUUGAAUGCAAAGAUAAUGGCCAACAGGGCUGCAAUGUUGCAGGAAGAAGAGCAAAGGCUUGUUGCCCAGAGAUCAUCCAACCCGCUGAUUUUAGUGAAGGACACCGUUCCGGUCGCAAAUGUGGCGAACAAUAACUUAAGCUUUGAGCACCACAACGAGCUUCUAAACAAAAAGCUUGAUAUGAUAAAGAAGGAUCAGGAUGAAGCUAUAAAGAGGGCUGAAAAUCUUGCAAGGCUGCACAAGGCAAGGACACAGAUCCUUCCAGAUAGCCUGGUUGCCUCUGAUCCAAAGCAGUUCAAGGACUUCGUAGAUGGUGGUCCUGCGCAAGAUUUGACUUUCGAGGUUCCUGUUGAUCCGUCUAUUGGAAACUAUUAUGUCUCUAGCGAUCCAGGAGAAAACCUUCAGACUAACAAAGCACCCCUGACAACAGGUGAUUUGCCUUAUUUUAUCGCCCAUAGCAACGAGAAUGGGGUGUUCUCUCCUUAUGGUUCUCUAAGCAAUGGUGAAUCCGUGGCCCAAGCCUGA